AUGGCUCGCACACAACCAACACCUUACAAGAUAUCAGGAAACAUCAGGAAGAAAGAACACGGAGCAGAGCAGAGUUGCUACCUGAACCUUGUGAAGAGGAGCCGCAAGACGUCGCCCGCGGCGCCCGCGGAACACAGAGAGCGACAGAGCACAACGCCCAGCUUGGAGCUCGGUCCGAGGGGCCGACGCCCGCGGCACCGGGGGGUGGUCUCCCGCUUCAACGCCGCCCUCGCCGUGCGCCUCCGGAGCCUGCUGCCCUUGCCAUCCUCCCCGCUCGCGGCGCUGUCGCGUCUGGCCGACCUCCUCGCGGCCACGCUCGGGGACGUCGCGCCCGCGCUCUCCUCCGCCGCCGGCCAGUGGGGCGCCACGUCUGCCGCCGUCGCCGCGACGCCCGCAACGCCAUCGCCGCCUUUGUCGGCCUCCUGCACCGCCGCCGCCUCCUCUCCCGCCUCGCGCUCCACCUCCUGUUGUCGUCCUGCAGGUCCCCGUCGUCUGUCCAGCGCGCGCGCGCCGCGCUCGCCGACCACGGCGGACGGGGCGCCGGGGAUUCCUCGCCGCCCGUGUCGCUCCCGUCCGUGCCGUUCGUCAGCCCGCCCCGUGGCGCAGGUCGGCGGCUCGCCGGCGCCUCCCGCGUCCUCCUCGCCGUCAACACGGUCUCCUCGCUCGCCGCGACGGCCGCGGCCACCAUCCUCGGCGGCGAGAAGCUCAAUUCCGGCUCUUCCCCCUCCUCGUCUCCGCCUCUCCGGCGACCUCUCGUGGGCGGAGCUCCUCAAUGCGCUCGCCAGCCAGCUCGCCGUCCUCGCCAACGCCAACACCAGCGAGGUGGACGCCGUGGACGAUUCCGGCUCCUUCCCCCUCCUCGUCUCCGGUGACCUCCCGUGGGUGGAGCCCCUCAACUUGCUCGCCAGCCAGCUCGCCGUCCUAGCCGACCCCAACACCAGCGAGGUGGACGCCGUGGACAAAGCCGUCGACAAGCUCGCGGCGCUCCUCGAAGCCCAAGACGCUGGGGACGACGAGGCGGCGGUGCGCGCGGCGCGGGAGGUGGAGAAGCGGACAGAGGAGCUGGAUGCGCUGCUGGACCGUCUGUCCGACACCGUCAACGGCGUGUUCCGCGCGGCGCUGCACCUCCGUGCCGUCGAGCUGGGUAGCUUCGCCGUGGGACCCGCUGAGCUGGGCAUUACCAGUAGAUCCGGUGCCCCGACUGAGGCAGGGCACGGAUGAACAGUACCGUGCCCUGCUGCCUUGGCCGUUGGAUCGAAAAUGAAUAGACCAGAUUUUGCACUGUAGCAUGCACUGUGGCUGUCACUGUAGUAGGUACUGUGGACGAUGCACUGUAGCAAAAUACUGUAGCAUACGCACUGUAGAUGUCCCCCAGUAGCAUGCGCCUGUUCACGUUCAUCCAGCCAUCGGUUCUUGAUCCAA